AUGUCGGGAGGCGAGGCCAACUCGUACUACAACGCCGCCAGCGGCCAGGCACAACACGAUGGCAACUACAACGGCAACUACAAUGGCAACUACAACAACCAGGACCUGGAAGCCGGCAACGGCUACAACAACCCGGGCCAGAAUAAGGGCGCUGCCCCGCCCAUGCCCGGCCAGCCGCAGCAACACAUGAACAUGGACGGCAAGCAGGACUACGACCAGGUGUUUGCGAUCCAGGGACCCAAGUACCGGGACAUUUGGGCGGGUAUUUUGUUCCUUGCCGUCGUUGCUGGCUUUGCCGCCGUGUCUGGCAUCUCCCUCCACGGCUACGCCACCACCCGGUCCGGUACCGGCGGCGGCAUCUACGACAGCGACGCGACGUUCGGCCUGACGACCAACACCAUCAUCUGCCUCGUCAUCUGCAUUGCCAUCGCAUUGAUUCUGAGCCUGCUGUACAUGUUCGUCGCACGCACCUGGACCAAGAUGCUCAUCUGGGUCACCGGCAUCCUCAACAUCUGCCUCGGCCUCGCCACCGCCAUCUACAUGCUCUACCACAAGUACUGGUCCGGCGGCAUCGUGUUUCUCGUCUUCGUCGUCUUCACCAUCAUCUGCUUCAUCUCGUGGAUCCCGCGCAUCCCCUUCAGCGUCGUCAUGCUUCAGGCGUCCAUCGAUGUGGCGCGCCGCCACGGCCACGUCUUUAUCGUCUCGCUCAUCGGCGGUCUCGUCGCGGCGGCCUUUGGCGUCUGGUUCUCCAUCACGCUGGUGGCCGUGUACGUCAAGUACGAGCCGGGCAGUACGUGCGACGCGAGCGGCGGCGGGUGCAGCACGGCCAAGGUGAUUGGCCUGAUGGUGUUCAUCACGUUUGCCGGCUACUGGAUCACCGAGUGGAUCAAGAACACGAUCCACGCGACCGUCGCGGGCAUCUACGGCUCCUGGUAUUUUGCGCAGAACGACGCCAGCUUCCCGCGCGGCGCCACCCGCAGCGCCGCCCGCCGCGCGCUCACGUACAGCUUCGGCAGCAUCAGCCUCGGCAGUCUUGUUGUCGCCAUUAUCAACUUUUUGCGGCAGCUGUGCUCCGUGGCGCAGCAGCAGGCCGCCGGCUCCGGCGACACGCUGGCCAGCAUCUUCUUCUGCAUCCUGGGCUGCUUCAUCGCCAUCCUGGACUGGGCCGUCCAGUUUGUCAACCGCUACGCCUUCUGCCACAUUGCGCUCUACGGCUCGUCGUACUUUGAGGCGGCCAAGAACACGUGGACCAUGAUCAAGGACCGCGGCAUUGACGCCCUGGUCAACCAGUGCCUGAUCGGUCCCGUCUUCAGCAUGGGCGCCACCUUUGUGGCGUACGCGACCGCGCUCGCGGCCUACGUCUUCUUGCGCGUCACCGACCCGGCCUACAACUCCGACGGCAGCUACACGCCCGUCAUUCUGGCCUACGCCUUCCUCGUGGGCCUGCAAGUGUGCAACAUCUUCACGACGCCCAUCAGCAGCGGCGUGGACACCAUCUUUGUCGGCAUGGGCUGGGACCCCAAUGUUCUCCAGGAGCGCCACAAUGACCUCUACCACCGCAUGGUGGAGGUGUACCCUCGUGUGCAGCAGGCCAUCCGGUCUCGGUAA